GCUGCUGCGUUCUAUGAGCGCCGGUCUUGUCUCCCCCAGCUAGACUGUGAGCGCCCCCAUGGCAGGGACCCGGACUCCCACUUCUUCGGCAUUCGGCCGACGUUUAUGUGCUAUGUGCCCAGUCCGGUGCUAGCUUCCGUGGGAGACUCAGAUUUUGUCUGCGGAAAGGGGAAGUGUGCUAAGCAAGGUCCACCAGGAGCCCAGGAGACACAUUUUGGAGAUGAUAAACUUGGAAAUCUCGAAGAAGCAAAUCCAUUCUCCUUCAAAGAGUUUCUGAAAACCAAGAACCUCAGCCUGUUGAAAGAGGACACAGCCAACAGCAGGCUGCUUUCAAAGGAAGCCACAAGGUACUCACUGGGACUCAACUGCAGCUCGGCGGCCUCCCAGCCCGUGGGCUUUGGCCUGGAAUACCAGCAGCCGUUCUUUGAAGACCCGACGGGGGCGGGUGACCUCCUGGACGAGGAUGAGGACGAGGACGGGUGGGACGGGGCCUACCUGCCGUCCGCCGUGGAGCAGGCCCGUUCCCCGGGAGCCUCGGCCAGCACGUCGCCCUGCAGCACGUACAUCUCCUUCUUCUCCAGCCCGCCGGAGCUGGCGAGGCCCGAGGCCCUGCCCCCCUGGACUCUGAGUGACUCCGACUCUCGAGUCUCUCCGGCGGCCAGCCCCAGCGCAGACUUUGCAGCCCACGGAGAGUCCCUGGGGGACAGGCACCUUCGGACGCUGCAGAUAAGUUACGAAGCACUGAAAGAUGAGAAUUCUAAGCUAAGAAGAAAGCUGACUGAAGUGCAGAGCUUCUCUGAGACGCAAACCGAAAUGGUGAGGACACUUGAGCGGAAAUUAGAAGCAAAAAUGAUCAAGGAAGAGAGCGACUACCACGACCUGGAAUCCGUGGUACAGCAGGUGGAGCAGAACCUGGAGCUGAUGACCAAACGUGCAGUGAAGGCAGAAAAUCAUGUCACGAAACUGAAACAAGACAUAAGCUUGCUGCAGGCACAGGUCUCAAACUUCAAGCGUGAGAAUGAGGCCCUGCGCAUGGGCCAGGGUGCCAGCCUGACGGUGGUGAAGCAGAACACUGACGUGGCCCUGCAGAACCUCCGUGUGGUCAUGAACAGCGCCCACACCUCCAUAAAGCAGCUGGUUUCUGGAGCCGAAACGCUGAACCUGGUUGCUGAAAUCCUCAAGUCCAUAGACAGAAUUUCUGAGAUUAGAGAGGACGAGGAGGAAGAGCCCUGAGACGUCCACUGGCAGCUCUGUUUACAUUCUGAAAUCACUACCUGAUUUAAAAUGCCAUUGUGUCUUUAAAUAUGCAGUCUUCACAGUAAAAAUAUUUAUCAUGAGAUACUAAUUUCAUGACCUAGAACAGUAUUAUUAGCCAACCGCAACGAGGAGCAGCUCUAGUGAGUCGCACCUCAGGUUUCUAUUCUAUGCAGCCCUUCCUUGGUGAACUUCCUGCUGUUAGAGACUAUGAGCUACUGGAAGACACGUUUAUAAAAGCCACCAAUUUUUUUAAUUUACUGAACAUGAACACAGCAGUUCUGUGAUUGUCUUCCACUAUUCCAGAACAUUCAUUCUAAGAUAAGUUUAAUCGAUUGUCCUUGAUUUCACAAGUAAAGAAAAACACUAAAUGAGCCGACAUCCAGAUGAUUGCCUUGGACAGGGCCCUGUGCCUUUUUGCCAUUGUUCAGUGCCCCCUCUGGCUCAGUCCACUCCUGCAGCUUUCACAGGGGUGGUUCUUGGGAUUGGUGGCCUGAGUGGGGACACCCCACGUGAUGGACACUAUCCUCUGGCAGGUACCAAGGUUGGCACGAUUCUACACUGUGAAGCGUGGAAACAUACCUCUUUAGGGGCCUUCAGGUUUGAAAAGAUGUUUUUGAUGGAGGGUUUUGAUUCAUGUUCCUAGUGGCCUUUUGUAUAAUGAAGUCUGGAAUUCAGGAAUUCAGAGGACGUGCAGAGCCUUCCCGGUUAGCACGAGUCUCCCAGACUGCCUUUGCAGCAGCUUUCUGACAUAGGGAGGCUUAACAUGCACUCUGUGCCUUUUUGGCUGUUUUCCUGUAGAUGUUAUUUUUUAAAAUACAUUUUCCCUCCUGUUCAAAUGGACAACUUUCUUAAUAAAUUCUAAAAUGCA